GAUGGCACUCAAACCCCUCCACUGCUUCUCUUUGGUCUUCCAUCUUUUUGUAACCCUUUCUUCCGUCGCCAAUGCCAAGCGACAGAUGCCGAGUGACCAAAAACCCUCGCCUUUUGACUUCAUCAAACACUUGGAAGGGUGUCACAAGGGCAACAAAACUAAAGACAUCCACCACCUCAAACACUAUCUCCACCAAUUUGGUUAUCUUGAUUAUCCCAACCAAAUACAUGCCAACAACAACGAUUUCGAUGAUCUCCUUGAAUCUGCUCUAAAAGAGUACCAACGUUAUUAUAACAUUAAUCCGACCGGGGCGGUGGAUGCUGAAACCAUCGCAAAAAUGGUAAUCCCUCGAUGUGGGAACCGUGACAUUGUUCACGGUACCAACACCAUGCUCCCUAGGCCAAACAAAAAGGAAAAUUCAAACUCGAGCACAAACUCCAUCCACACAGUAUCUCAGUAUAGCUUCUUCCCCGGAAAUUUGAGAUGGAGUAAAACACAUCUGACUUAUGGGUUCUCACCCAACACCCCAACGGCCACCAUAGACCCCGUCAUCCGUGCAUUUGCGAAAUGGGAUUCUGCCACUCAUUUCACUUUUUCACGAGCCCAAAACAAUCAAAGGCCUGAUUUGAUAAUAGGGUUUCACCGCCGCGACCAUGGAGACGGAUCCCCAUUUGACGGCCCGGGAGGGACCAUAGCCCAUGCAUUUGCUCCAAGCGAUGGGAGGUUUCACUACGACUCAGACGAGGCAUGGUCAAUGUCACCCGUGGGAAAUGCAUUCCACUUGGAGACGGUUGCGCUGCAUGAAAUUGGGCACCUUCUUGGGCUUGGGCAUAGCUCAGUUGCCGAUGCAAUCAUGUAUCCUUCGAUUUCGCGUGGGGCGACCAAGAAUUUGCAUGCAGAUGAUAUUCAGGGAAUCAAAGCUUUAUAUAAUGUCUGAAAAUCAACACGCUGUUGCAUAGCUGAAUUAUCUAGUACAUCUACGUACGUGUGAUAAUAAAGUCUCCGUAG